CGGGGAGUAAUUUCAUUCAGAAAAAUGCGGCAACUCUGUGGCCCCUCCCACUGCGGUUUACUCUCGCUCUCAUUUCUUGUAAAUGACCACCGACAAACCGCUUCCCCUCCACCCCACACAGACACACACAUACGGUCUCAAUUAAGACCCGGGCGCCCGGUUGAUUGAGACGAUGGUGUUUUGGUUAGUUGGGGUUGGGCGGGGCUCAGAGGGGUGGAGCCGCGGGGCUCAGGGCCGGCGCUGUCCACGGUGCUGAAGCGCAUCAGAAUGAGUCACGGGGGGAGCAACAAUAUUCUGUGGUUUGACUCCACGACCUGAAUGAAAGGACAAGGACAGAAGUGUGCCGGCAUCGCUAAAACAGAGAUACGGCAUUCACGUUAGUUAGUUUAUCAUUAUUUGUAUUCUUGUCAUUUGUGUUGAUGCCUCAAAAUUCAUCUUAGACUUGAGUAUACGUGUUGUUAAAGAAAACAAACACACACACACACAAAAGGUGAAUACCAUUUAAAUGAUGAGGUUGAUUAAAUAAUAACCCUAAACUAUUUUAGAAUGUGAGUCAUGAGCAUACGCAUGUGUUAAGCUUUAAAUGGUGAGAAUGAACAAAAUCAAGAUAGCAAUAAUCGUGCUUGUUUUCUAUUGUAUUGAUUUCUUUUUGAUUUGAGCUUCCUAACACGUCGGCCUGCCUGCACUGUGUUCAGCAGGAGAUUCAAGUCUUCCCCGGCUUCAUAGUGAGCGUGGGUGCUGCAGGGUGGGCUGAGCGGUUGUCUGCGUGGUCGCGCAUAUUAAUGCGCUUACAGGGGGAAUCUCGUCCUUCUCGAGCCAUAUAAGGAAGCACUUCCUGCCAACACACAGCCCGCCUACGUCAUCCAAAGGAUCCGAGACGCAACGUUUGUCACCUUCACAAUUUUGAGCAACUCCAAAUUUCUCUGAAAUCACAGUUGCUUUUCUUACCUGAAGACUUUCUUUACUGCAUGUCCAAAUUUUCCAUGCCAUAUUUGAUCAUAACAUACGUCACCGGACUAAGUAGGGAUAUUUUUUUGUGUCCUUGAUAUUCAGGUAUAUGAAAUAGGUGGAUUAUAUUUUCUUACCCUUGCAUAUCUUCUUUCCCUAAUACUAACAUAAUAUAUGCCACCAUUAGCUUAGAAUUGCAGAAUUAUUCACUAUUUUGAGUGUGUUGCAUCGAUGGGAGCAUCAGUGAAGGAGGGGGUCGUGUUCGACAGGGAUGUGGAAAAUCCCUGUGUUUUUUAGCACGGCGACACACAAAACAGCCACCCCGUAGAGCUGCACAGAUGUACCCAUGCGUGAGGGAGCAUGUGGGAUGUGGGAGUGCAUGAGCUACAGUGUGACUGGAGGAAGCGGUGAUGGUGGAAUCCAUUUCAUAAAGCUGAAGAAAGGUGUCGUGACUCGCUGCACAUGAUUCUGAAGACUGGCUGUGACUGGCUGUGAGAGUGGGCGUACGACACAAAGCAACACUCGCACUUUUUUGUGCUGCUGCUUUUGCAUAUCAGGAUCAUAGCUCUGAGUUAUUGAGCUUAUAAGCCAGUCGGAGCCCCAUCAAUCAGACAUCAAUCAAUGAUAACAACAGCCCAGAUCAGACCUUCUCUCUGACAAAUGCUGUAUAUUCUGAUCAUGUCUUCAUUUUUGUGACUGCAUUGAUUUUUGAUCCAACUGAUUGUGACCUUGACUGAUUUUUCACAUUUGCUAGUGUCUCAGUUAUAGGAACAGUAUUGCUGUAAUGAUUUGGUGCGUUGUCUGUAUUGGUUGUUAAUUUAAUUAUUGAUGACUUGACAGGUGCUAGGGCAUCACUACACACAGUCCAUGACACAUUGGAGCUAAUGACGCACAUGCUGCCUGUAGUCACAUUCUAACGUCAGUUGGGGUUUCAAAAGCACUCGCGCCGCAGUAUAAAUGUACCUAUUGUAACUAAUUACUCAAGACACAUGAACUAUUGUAUCAGACGAAUCCCUGAUUUAUUAAAGGUAGUGCUGAUAUUCUAACUUAGCCAGACAUUUUUCAGCAUGUGCCUAUUUAUGAAAUAGUUUGAGAGUUCACAGGAAAAACGGAGCCAAAUGGAAGCCUGUCACAUUUACUUGGCUUGCAUGUUGAAAUUAAGUACUUUGUUUUUGGGGGGAUGUUUCCUUCUCUGUUUGCUACACUGAAAGGAUCUGUAGAGGACUUGAUGUUGGAAAGGAUACUGUUUAAAAAAAAAAGAAAAAUAGGUCCAGAUGGAAAUAUCUUAUAUCUUUGGUUCCUACAGUCAUUGGUUCUAGGAAGAUGAACAUGAUUUGAACCUUGAUCCAUACACGUCUCUCAUUUUUUCUAUAAGUGAUCUUCUGACUGCUAGGUUUGGACCCACUGUCUUACAACAUCCGGUGUAACAACAUAAGUCGUCUGAAAGGAAAAUACUUAGUAAUGGUAAAGAUACCCCUGAGGGUCAGGUUAAUUGAGUGCAGUGCGUAUGUGCGUGCGUGCGUGCGUGCGUGCGUGCGUGCGUGUGUGUGUGUGUGUGCGUGUGCAUGUGCGUGUACCAAAGCAAACAGCUGUCACUCCUUCCUAACAGGUGUGUAUUUCAGGAGGGUUGAGGUGGGCCAAUUGGUUGCUGGGGAAACCAGGUCUGGGUGCUCAUAUUACACAGAUCUCCGUGUCUCCUGUCUUUCUCUCUGUGUAGCAGCCAGGAGGCAUAUCUCUAUCUGAAACUAUUGGACACCUUUUACGAGGGACUUGCAGGGGAUAUUUUAUUUUUCGCAACUUUUUUUGUUGACACGAGUUUCACUCUAAGCACCAAAAGUCUUCAGCUGUCAGUUGCAGGUGUUGGUGAUCUGUGGCUGCGAGGAUGCAACAGUUGGCUUUAAAGGUCCUGGUCUCAACACUGCUGCUUCUAGCAGUGGUUCCCUCUGUGUACUCACAGUCAGAUUGUUCUCAAGCCGAGUCAUGUGACCUGUGCGUUGGUGACUCCAUGCUCAACCUGACAGGCUGUGUCUGGAGGCUUUGCCCAAAUGGUAAUGAUACAGGCAUGUGUGUGACUGAUGAUGGAAACCCGGCAGACAUCGGCAGGAACUGUAGCUGGACGAAAGUGCCCGAAUUGUGCUCAGUUGUAGAGACUGUCGCUGAGGGAAGAGGUGAAAGUGACGGAAGUGACACCGACGCACCCUCAGAGUUCUCCCAGGCCAAGUUUGACAUGAGCAGUUUCGUCGGAGGCAUCAUACUCGUGCUGUGUGUGCAGGCCGGCGGCUUCUUCGCCAUGCGCUUCCUCAAAUCCAAAGAGCAGAGCACUUACGACCCCAUAGAGCAGCCACAAUGAGGACAAGACGUAUGAAGGGCAGGCGGGCGAGGCUGGAGGACAGCAGAGCGUGACGCGUCAAGAUCGAACAACAAGAGUGUGUCUCCCUCGUCCUCUCCUGAGGGCCGGUCGUUUAAUUGUUUGGUCCCCACGUGUCACUUGGGUGAACGGGUGUGUUCAGAAGUUCAUAUGUGUAACGAGUGUCUCUUCAUGUGUUCACUGUGUUUUUAUAGCAUAUAUAUUCUAAAGAUAUUUUGGCAGAAUUCAUUCAAUAAGCAAAAUGACAAAUGCUUCUCAGCAAAUCACCGUUUUGACAAAAAUGACUGUCGAUUUUCAACAAAAGAACCUGUUAAGUAUUUUUCAUCUCAGAAACAACAAGCAAGCUUUAGCCAGUGAGCCGUUUCACUAGUGUAAAUAGCACGGUGCGGUUGUGGGAAAGACUGAUUUAAUCCCACUGUACACGUAGUAUGAGAAAAGGUCAUAACAGUCACUUAGACUUAGACUAAAAAGAAAAUCCUAAAAUAGACCGAAAAGAGAAUCUGAAUGACUUUGUUCAUCAUCCCAGAAGACAUCUGUGUUUCAUGUGGAGCUGCAUAACCUUCUUGUGUUGUAUUGGAAUCAAACAUUUUAAUAUUUGUAUACAUAUUAUACAUUUCAUUUAUUUACUUGCAGUGACUCAAGUAAUUUAGUUGGGGAGCUUAAGGAAACAUCUCUUUAAAGGCCCAAGAUCCCGUGUUUGGGAACAUUUAAUUCUCAGAGCAGUAGUAGAUUGAGCACCUCUCUGCUGAUUUGUGCGCAUCCAUAGUGAAUAUUCUUUUUAUUUAAAUGUUUUUAUAAAAAUUCAGUUCAGAGAAGAUUUCUGUUUCAACUGCUCAUAUUUGUAUCGUAUAAAAAAGCAGCUUUAAAACGUUUAAUAGCACUUUAAAGAGAUGUGAUGUGACCCUGUUUACUUAUAUGGUGAUGCUGGUUAAGUUUAAAAGUAACUACGUGGUUUGUGUGUGAUACCACUGCAUAGAAAUGCUUUAAAACGCUGGCCUCCUCAAUAAACUAAGAGGAAAUACCUGUUU